UAAUCAUGUUUAUAACAAAAUGUGAAUUACUUAAAUUAGAACUAAACACAAACAUACAAACUUUUUCUCCGCAAAUUAAGUAUACAAACAUAUACUUACUGUGCUGAUAUUUACCAAUAAUUUAAAUAAAAUUAUACUCUUUUGAACAUGUACAAUUACUUAAAAUAAUUUGGAGUACAAAGAUAUUUUCAUUUUUUUUAAAAUAAAAAUUAAAUAAUACCGUAUAAAUUACUGAAUAAUCUUUAAAAAUAUUAGUAAACUACAUUUGAAUUUAAAUCAUACAAAUAUCUAUUUGUUUUAAAAGUAGACAAAAAAAAAAGUAUAAAUAGACAUCUAGGUCAAAGGAAAAGAACAUAAACACUCUCUAACACUUGAUUAUUAUGUGCUUUCGGCAAAGUCAAAGAUGAACGAAGAAAGAGUUCAGAUAAUCGGGAACGACAUGAUCAUAGAUUCCUCUCUUUGGCAUGCCUGUGCCGGAAGACUAGUUCAUGUUCCUCCGGUCAACUCUACCGUAUCUUACUUCCCUCAAGGUCACUUCGAACACGCCGGAAUGGAAAACGCCGAUGACGCCAUAGCCACGGCGAGUAGAAUUCCAUGGAGGAUUCAAUGCCGAGUCACGUCCGUGGAGUUAAAGAUGGAUUCAAGAACUGAAGAGGUUUACACCAAGAUUCAUCUCAACCCAAUAGUGACCAAUAAUAAUAAUUCUACUGAUGAUGAUAAAGACUACGCUUUGAGCGAGAGUUUGAAUUUAUUUGGGAGAUCCCAAUUUCUUACCAAAGUCCUUACUCAAUCGGACGCGAACAAUGGCGGGGGUUUCUCUGUACCGAAAAAACUAGCGGAGACAAUAUUCCCACCAUUAAAUUACAAAAUUACUAAACCUGGUAUUGAAAAGCUUCCGUCUCAGGAUAUUUUGGCGAGGGAUUACAGAGGCAAUAUUUGGAAAUUCAGGCAUGUUUAUAGGGGGAAUCCUCUGCGGCACUUGUUGACAACUGGAUGGAGUAAAUUCGUUACAGCCAAGCAAGUGGUUUCUGGAGACACGAUCGUGUUCGGGAGGGAUGACAAUGGAGAUGUCUAUGUUGGAAUAAGGCGUGUUAGGAGGGCAAGGUGGCAAGGAAGAAUUAGGGCUGAAAGUGUUCUAGAAGCUGCAAGACUAGCUGCCAUUGGGAGAGGUUUUGAAGUUAGGUAUUAUCCGAGUAGUAGCACAACAGAGUUUUGUGUUGUGGAUUCGGUGGUUAAUGCAACGAAGAGGAAGAUGGUGAAUGAGUUUGGGGCUGGGACAAGGAUCAAGAUGGCUUUCGAGACUUUAAAUUCGACUGGAGUGGAACCAGUGGGCUGGUACAAGGGUUCUAUUGAGUCUGUUGAAGAUGUUGACCCGAAUCACUGGCCUGGUUCUUUAUGGCGCCGUCUUAAGGUGAGGUGGGAUGUUGAUGCUGUAAAUUUAAGGAAGCAAAUUAAUCCUUGGUUGGUCCAAGUGGUGAGCACACGUGUCAUUCAAACCUAUGACCGCAAACGUGGAGGCGAGCAAUUGGAGGAAUCCAAUCACGUUGUAAAGAAGCAGACAGUCUAUCUAUUUGGUGCACCCAUUGGAGAAUCCAAGAGGAGAUCAGGAUAAUUGCCUCUCUAAUUAAUCACACUUUAAUGAAAAUGAAUCUCCUCAAAUUGAGUACAAUUAAGAUUUUUCAUUUAGUUUGGUUUUUUUUAAUCUUUAUUUAAUAGUAAAUAUUCAUUU